AUGAGGACGAAGCGACAACAAUGGUUGCUACCUCGAGUCCAUGUACUUUUAUUCGUGGUCCUGCUGUUGGUGACGUUUCCCAGCGUGUCAGUAUCUCUGCAACGUCCACAACAACAACAACAAGCCAAUGCUCGAAGAAACACACCUAAUAUCCAACCGAAACAACAGCGUGGAAACCAUAUUGGCACUACUGCUACCUUCUCUACCAAUAGCAAUAGCAAUAUUCGCCUCUGCAAAUUGGAAUCGCAAGUGAUGAAUCUGUUUCAAUGGACGAUGGUAUUGUUGUCGUGGUCUCACAUCAAGACGACACUGGCACAACGCAAAAUGACGAUUGAACCACUCUGUCUCUUGAUUGCCAGUUUGUGCAAUCUCUCCUAUGGCAUGUUCAGAUACCUCACUACCAAGAGGCCCUCCUCUUCUUCUUCAGUCAUUACUGACAAUACUACUACUACUAUAAAACAGUGGAUGCGACAAUGGAAACGAUUCGAACUGGUGCAUUGGUGUCUGACGGCCUACAUUGUGUGGUGUCAUUAUCGACACGAUAUUCACUUACUGACAUUGGGAAUGAGUUGGUUUGUCUCGGUGUGGAUUCGCCACGAAUUGCAGAUUCCACGCACACUUACUACAACUAAACAACAAUUCUCUUGGACAUGGCCCAAACGAUGGUAUGUCGUAGUGGUGGAAUAUGGGGCUGUCUACGUCCCCGCAUCGAUGCUCUUGUGGGGCAGUGUCGCCGCCAUGCAACUGCACGCGGACGAUGGACGCAUCGGAUACUGUAUUGCCUUGGGGAUUCCAUUGGUCGCGAAUGUACUGGCAUCCAUUGCCGUCAUGGUCGAUCUCGAAGAUUUGCGGGAUGCUCCUUCUGUUCUACUCUUUAUGACGACGCAACGAUUGGAUCGACUCGUGCGCAUCUUGACGGGUUGGUGGAUGCUACUGGGAGUAUCCAUUCUCAGUUUGGUAUUGUCCACGGGGGUGCAACUCCAAUUUCCAAAGGGUAUGCUGGUGUGGCACCGUGACACGCUUACCGUGGCACGUCAAGACUACCAUCCCCCGUGGGCGCCACUCGGUAUUCUCAUUUGGGUCUGUCUUCCUUACUGGAUUCGGUACUGUGUCAAAACAUUUGUUCGAGAACACGAUGGAACCGUGGCAUUGUCGCAACCAACUACAAAAACAACAACCAACACCUUUUGA